AUGGACAGGUCUCCUCCCCCCCUCUGAUCUGGGACCUGUGAGUUGAGCCAACAGAGUCUCCGGCCAGCAGAGCCGCCGCUGCCAGCCAUGGACAGCCGACAUCGCUAUUUUUUGUGAGGCUGUGUUCGGAUCGGAAAUAUUCCGCUGGAGAACUGUAUGACAUUUGUGUUUCUGAAGAUGGGAUUAUACAGAAGCGAUCAGAGGAGAAUUGCUUGUUUUGUCGGAAUACAAAAGUCAGCGUGAGACGGCUUCAAACGGGGCCAGCAGAGCCAGACACGACGACAUGGCAAAAAUCGGCAGUGAAAUCUCACUUCCAACCAGGCAGUGGUUGCCCACCAACAAGCCUGAUGAUGAGCUCGCUGUCAUUGAAAAUAGGGACAGCAGGGCUCAGUCUCUUUGUGAAGACAACUCAGAGAGAGCGCUGUCUUCAGAGUCCCACAGAGACUCCGUUACAGGUGCUGGGGCAAUGGCUAGGCUCUCUUACUUCUUCUUCAUGGUGUGGAACUGGGUGUCUCACAGAGUGCACCCCGAAACAGAGAGGCAAGACUCUUUCCUGGAGCGCUUCAGAGGCCCUGAGCUCAAAGACAUCUCCAGUCGAGAGAGCACUGCCCAGUCUGUGGGCCACAACGACACAACCCGGAAGAGAAAUCUUGCCAGUAAGUGGCCGCUAGCUACUUACAACAUGAACAACUGCAACAACACAGACGACAAAAAAGAGGAAAAAAAGGAGGAGAUUAAAAAAGAUGAGAAAAAAGACGAGGAGAAAAAAGACGAGAAGAAAGACGGGGACAAGAAGGAAGAAGAGAAGAAGGAUGAGAAAAAAGAAGAGAAGAAGGAUGAGAAAAAAGACGAGAAGAAAGAUGAUAAGAAAGACGAUAAAAAGAAAGUGGUACCACCGAAAGAAAUCUGGAUUAUGGAUCCAGCCGCAGACCAGUACUACAGAUGGCUGACCGUCAUUGCAGGCCCAGUAUUUUAUAACCUGAUAAUGAUUGUAACAAGAGCCUGUUUUAAUGAACUGCAGGACACAUAUACAAAACUCUGGAUAUUCUUGGACUACACCUCAGAUUUCAUCUACUAUACAGAUACUUUUGUCAGAUCAAGAACAGGUUACCUCGAACAAGGCCUGCUGGUAAAAGAUUCCAAGAAACUGAGAGAUAAAUAUAGAACAACACCUCAGUUCAAAUACGACAUGAUAUCAAUGAUACCCACUGAUCUGCUGUUUCUGAAAUUCGGAUACAACAACCCUGAGUUCAGAUUCAACCGCCUUUGCAAAAUAUCAAGGCUUUUUGAGUUCUUUGAGCGGACUGAAACCAGAACCAGCUUCCCAAACUUGUUUCGUAUCAGCAACCUCGUACUUUAUAUCCUUGUCAUUAUCCACUGGAAUGCUUGUUUGUUCUUUGCCCUUUCAAAAACCAUUGGUUUUGGAUCUGACACAUGGGUAUAUCCCAACAUCAGCCACCCGGAGUACGGCCGCUUGGCCAGAAAGUACAUCUACUCCCUGUAUUGGUCCACACUGACCCUCACCACCAUCGGAGAGACCCCUCCACCAGUCAAGGAUGUUGAAUUCGUUUUUGUAAUCGCCGACUUCCUUACUGGUGUGCUGAUCUUUGCUAGUAUUGUCGGUAACGUCGGUGCCAUGAUCUCCAACAUGAAUGCCUCUCGUGCUGAGUUCCAGGCAAAGAUCGACUCCAUAAAGCAGUACAUGCAGUUCCGAAAGGUCACCAAAGACCUGGAGGCCAGGGUCAUCAAGUGGUUUGACUACCUGUGGACUGAGAAGAAGACCUGUGAUGAGAAGGAAGUUUUAAAGAACCUCCCAGACAAGCUCCAGGCUGAGAUUGCCAUCAAUGUCCAUUUGGAUACGCUGAAAAAAGUACGUAUCUUCCAGGAUUGCGAAGCCGGUCUGCUGAUUGAAUUGGUGCUCAAGCUGCAGCCACAAGUGUUCAGUCCUGGAGAUUACAUCUGUAAGAAAGGAGAUAUUGGCAGGGAGAUGUACAUCAUCAAGGAGGGGAAGCUAGCUGUGGUGGCAGAUGAUGGAGUCACUCAGUUCGUAGUGCUCAGCGAUGGCGCAUACUUUGGGGAAAUCAGUAUCUUGGGAAUCAAGGGCAGUAAAGCAGGCAACAGAAGAACAGCCAACAUUAGAAGCGUGGGAUACUCUGAUCUCUUUGCCUUGUCCAAAGACGACUUGAUGGAGGCUCUCUUGGAGUAUCCAGAUGCCAAAAAAGCUCUGGAGGAGAAGGGGACAGCCAUGUUGAGGAAAGACAACAUGAUUGAUGAGGCAGUGGCCAACGCUGGUGCUGACCCCAAAGACCUGGAGGAGAAGAUCGAAAAACUGCAAGUCAACCUGGAACUCAUGAAGACCAAGUUCGCCCAACUGAUGGCGGAGUUCACCUCCAACCAGACGAAGAUGAAGCAGAGGGUCUAUGAGAUGGAGACCAAAGUGAAAGCCAUACAACCACAGGACCUGUCAGAAGUGGUGGCCGACAAAGAUAAAAAAGUCCAGUAAUGUGAGAGAUACCUGAGGACUUUACAGGAAAUGAAGGGAUUUUUCAUUUAGAAUAGUAGAGUGACACUUUUUAAAGGACCAUGUUUAUAUUCAUUCAUACAUCUGUUUAUCAUCACAAUGUGUCAAAUUGUGUACAGUGUAUGCAGCAACUAUUUUUGUGUGCAUGCUACAAUUGACAAUGUCAUGGUGUCACGAAACACCUCGAGUAUGUUGAUCAGA